AUGGCUCACGAACCGCCCGACCGUCUCAUCGACGGUACUCUCCCCGCGCUGGGAGCGUCAAUGCGAAGGGAUCGAGCGCGCCACCUCGUUGCGAGACCAGAUCGCGCGUCGGGGCCACGCCGUUGCGACGGAAGACGGGGACCGUUCCUGGCGUCGCAUGCGCUCGCCGCUGACGCAAAAGGACCACAACGUGGACGCGAUGGACAGGGAGUGCCGGCAGACAUCUCGAACGGCCGCAGAGGCCGACCGUUACCUGCCGCGGAUGAUGAGGUCGAUCUAAGGGAGCGUCUCGCAUUCGCCGUCUGGUUCAGAGGUCUGAGGUGGGCGGUGACGGUCGCAUUCCAUGGCGUUCGCUCUAGGUUGCUUAAGGUCACCCUGUCAGCCGAUCCCAAUGUGUGCGGUGUUGACCGCGUGCUUGAUCCGUUGAGGUCCUGCUUGAUAUGGACGCGUGCGCUUGAGCCUAACAUGGAGGAAGACGGUCGGAACGCGAAGUGCGUCGACUCUUGCGGCUUGGUCAAUGUCCACACAGAAGAUGAGGGCCCGAGGCGACGCGCGAUGACAGACAAAAAGCAGAAACGCGUACCACGGACGUGCGAGAAGGAUGUUCGACGCGCACGCGUGACUUUGCCAUCACAGACGGCGGCGGUCAACGUGCCUUGGACGCGCACGCGGCGAUGUUGA